GUGUUGAUUUCCGGCGGGGCUGCCGGCAUCGGUGAAGUGUUGGCGGCGGCGUAUCUGGAAGCCGGUGCCCAGGUGCAUGUGUGUGAUGUGAGCGAGCCGGCCCUGGCCGCGUUCCGCGACAAAUACCCAGGCACCGUCGCCACCCGUGCCGAUGUCAGCGAUGCCGCACAGAUCGAAGCGGUGUUCCAGGUGCAGCGCGCGCAUUUCGGCGGCCUCGAUGUGUUGGUCAACAACGCCGGGAUCGCCGGGCCCACUGGUGGCAUCGAUGCGAUCAGCGACGCCGAGUGGCAAGCCACCAUCAACAUCAAUCUCACCGCGCAGUACCGGUUUGCCCACCACGCGGUGCCGAUGCUCAAGGAAUCGUCCCACGGCCAUCUGCUGCAUAUCGCCUCGGUGGCGGGGCGCUUGGGCUACGCGUGGCGCACGCCCUACGCGGCGACCAAAUGGGCGAUCGUCGGCUUGAUGAAAUCCCUGGCCUCGGAGCUGGGCGAGAGCGACAUCCGCGUCAACGCCUUGCUGCCCGGCAUCGUCGAAGGCCCGCGCAUGGACGGCGUGAUCCGUGCGCGUGCGGAGCAGGUCGGCGUGCCCGAAGCCGAGAUGCGCCAGGAAUACCUCAACAAGAUUUCCCUCAAACGCAUGGUCACCGCCGAAGACGUGGCAGCCAUGGCGCUGUUCCUCUGUUCGCCCGCCGCACGCAACGUGACCGGCCAGGCGAUCAGCGUCGACGGU